GCGGUUGGGUAGCAUGUACUAAAUCUGCGACUUGAAAUAUAACGUCAGAGUAGUAAUACUAGGACCCUUUUUUCAGGUAUUUAUAAUUUGAAUAAUUAAUAUUAACUAACCGUUAAAAAAAGACAUGUCUAGCAAGACGAGGGCAAAGCCGACCACAAGCAACGACCCGGGUUCUCCCUAUCGAUGCGUGGAAAGUUUUAACGAUCUUGUUUUGUCGGAUUACGACGGAGAACGAACGAUCGAUCGAGUUUUUGAAGUCGCUGUCAGAAAAUAUGGAAAUUGCCAAUCUCUCGGAACAAGAGAACUGCUAUCAGAAACCGACGAAAAACAGCCAGACGGAAAAGUAUUCAAAAAGGCAACAUUUGGUGAUUAUAAGUGGUUGACUUUGAAAGAAGUAAGCUUGAAAGUAGAAAAUCUUGCUAGGGGAAUUGGAGCGCUCGGCGUCCAACCAGGUCAAAAUGUAGCAAUAUUCUUGGAAACGCAAAGAGAAUGGAUGAUUGCCGCGCAAGCAUGUUUCAGAUACAACUUUCCACUCGUCACUGUAUAUGCAACGCUGGGCGAAGAUGGAAUUACAUAUGCACUAAAUCAAACGGAGGCACACUGCGUAAUUACCAGUGGAAAUCUGUUAAUGACCAAGUUGAAGAAUUGCUUGAGUAGUUUACCUAGCUUGAAAACAAUUAUUUAUGUAGAUUCAGGAAACAAAGUUGCGGACAUCCCGGAUGAAAUUCAGUUGAAAAGCUAUCCCGAAGUUGAAAACCUUGGUAGCUCUCCACAGGGUCAAACUAUCAAACGACAGUCAACCUCAGCUGACGAUCUUGCUAUUAUUAUGUACACCAGUGGAACAACAGGGAACCCAAAAGGAGUAAUGAUAAGUCAUGGAAAUUUUGUCGCUGCAAUGUCUGGUAUAUCUUCUCGUAUUCCCAACCUUUCAACAGAAGACACAUAUAUCGCAUAUCUACCUUUAGCCCACGUACUGGAGCUUGCAGCAGAAACAAUUCUGCUCUGUGGUGGCGCUGGAAUUGGUUAUUCCUCACCUUUAACACUGACCGACAGAUCAAGUAGGAUAAAGUCCGGAACAAAAGGAGAUGCAAGUGUCUUACGUCCAACUCUGAUGGCUGCUGUGCCAGAAAUAAUGGAACGCAUGAGGAAAGCAUUAAUGCAAGCCAUUCAAGAGUUUGGUUUUAUCCGACAAAAUGUUUUUCACUAUGCAUACAACUACAAACUCAGCUGUGUGGAACAUGGCCAAGACACUCCGACACUCAACAGAUUUGUAUUCAAAAACACGAAAGGACUUCUUGGAGGCAGAGUACGAGCUAUGCUAUGUGGUGGGGCACCACUCGAUGCACAAACACAGAGAUUCAUGAAUGUAUGUAUGUGCUGUCCAGUAGGACAAGGGUACGGUUUAACAGAAACAUGUGGGGCGGGGACAAUAACACAAGUCUUAACAGAUCACUCAACUGGAACCGUAGGUCCACCAAUCCCAAGUGCAGAAAUAAAGCUUGUUUCGUGGGAAGAAGGUGGAUACUUCCCAUCAAACAAGCCUCAUGCACAGGGAGAGGUGUGGAUCGGAGGACCAAUCAUCUCCCAGGGAUACUAUAAAAAUGAAGAAAAGACUGCAGAAGAUUUUUAUGUUGAUGAAGAUGGCCAGAGAUGGUUUAAAACAGGCGAUAUUGGAGAGAUUUUAGAUGAUGGAAGCCUAAAGAUUAUUGAUAGGAAAAAGGAUCUUGUUAAACUGUCACAUGGUGAAUACAUAGCUGUUGGAAACAUUGAAUCAAAAUUGAAAGCAUCACCGCUCAUGGACAAUGUUUGGAUAUAUGCAAAUGGAAUGCACCCAACCGCAAUGGCUUUUAUUGUGCCAAACGAGAAAGCCUUUAUGGCAUUGGCUGCCAACAAAGGUUUAAAUUCAAAAAGCAUGGAGGAACUAUGCAACAAUUCAGAAAUGGAGCAGGAAAUGAAAAAAGCGCUAUUGCAAGCAUGUAAAGUCGCAAAGCUUCAAAAAUUUGAAAUUCCACAAAAAAUGGCUGUAGAGCCGGAGCCAUGGACGCCAGAGGCAGGGCUAAUUACUUCAGCAUUUAAGCUAAAACGCAAAGCUCUUACUGAACACUAUGCCGCCAAAAUUGAAGAGAACUUCCCCCAUUCAAAACAAACAGUUUAGAAUUUAGUUGGAUUGUAAUUUUGCUUCAUAAUAAUACCAUGUCCCGUCACAUUUCAUAACUGCAAUUGCUUAGUUUCUUAUUGUGUAUCUCUUAAAUUAUAAGUUCAUAUUAUAUAUACAUAGUUCAUCUGAUCUGUAAAAUUACAACAUUUUUGUGCUUUGUCCUAAGAUUACACAAUCCAUCCAAA